AUGGCGAAUACGAACAAAAUGAUGGAGGAGUACAGACUUUCCGAUCUUUAUAAAUUUCGAUUUGAUUGCUUACAAGAAAUGAUCAAAUACGCUUCCGAAUAUGGCUUUUCCGAAAACACAGGAAUCGACGAUGUUGAAGCCCUUUGCGAGCAUUUUAUUCAGCUCUAUGUCGAGCAAAACAAAUUGAAGAUAACCAGACAAUUUACUUGA